AAGAACAAGUUCAACAUUUAAAAAAAAAACAAGAUCUCGAGAUGUCGGGAGUGUGGGUGUUCAAGAAUGGCGUCGUACGACUAGUGGAGAAUCCUGGAGCUGAGACAAACAAUGAGAACACAAAGCGAAAGGUUUUGGUUUACACUCCAAGCAACGAAGUCAUAACCUCUUACUCACAUCUCCAGCAACAUCUCUACGCACUUGGUUGGGAACGUUACUAUGAGGAGCCUCAUCUCCUUCAGUUCCACAAAGCAUCAACCGUUCAUCUCAUCUCACUCCCUAGUGAUUUCUCCAGGUUCAAGUUGAUGCACAUGUACGACAUUGUUGUCAAGAACCGUAACAUGUUCCAAGUCAAGGACAUGUAACCAUUAUUUUCUUCUCCGAUUUUCGAUUUUCAAGUUCUUGAUCAUAAUGGGUUGUGUGUCUCAUGGGUGUGGCUUAAUAUGUACUAUAUAUGUCUCUUGUGAAGCUAACUCUGAGUUUGGUGUUUUUUUUUUUUGUUGGAAUUGAAUUUUGGAUGUACUAAUAAAAAGCCUGUAAUUAU